AUGGUAGGAAAAGGUAUACGUGCAAAACACAAGCUCUAAAUUCUUCUAAUCUUGUCAUCUUCUUUACAACCAACCAUUCACUUCCACCUUAUCCCUCCCAUAUCUCUCUUUUCUUUUCUUUCUUCACCCACUCAUCAUCUCAACAGUCUUCUCAAACCCACCAGAAUUCUCAAACCCAAUCCCAAUGGCCACUCUAUCUCCGGUCACCUUCACGGCAGCAGCAGCCGUCGCCACCCCCACCCGGUCCACCACCACCACCCCCAAAGUAACCUUCAUCAAGGGCCUCAACUCAUUCGCUGGGCUUAAAUCCCACACCACCGUGGCCUCAUUGGGCACCUCUGUUUCCACCGAGCAAAAAUUCGCCAACUUUGUUUGUUCUUUGAAGAAACCAUCGUCUCGCGGCGGCGCCGGCGGUGGAGCACUGACCUCCACGUGUAAUGCGGUGGGUGAGAUAUUCAAGAUAGCGGCUAUCAUGAACGGAAUUACUCUUGUUGGAGUUGCAAUUGGGUUUGUUCUUCUCCGAAUUGAAGCUUCUGUUGAAGAAUCAGAGUAAGAAAUUUAUGCAUUUUUUUUCAUCCACGAAAUUGUAAGUUUGUUUUCUUGUUGAUUUGGUGUAGAAUCAAUCAUAAAGAUGUAUGAACCAGAUGUUAUAUAAUACUAUCAUUCAUGUUUUCUUA